AUGGGGGUAAAAACGUUUUAUAAUCGUCUCUUUACCCUAUAUUCUUUUCCAAUACUUCAAAAGGGAGCCAUUAUUGGGUCUAUAUUUGGUGGAAUCAACGGCAUGUAUCAAGCUCUCAAAUACAGAAAUUAUAUGGCAAUUCCAGUAUUUGCUAUCGGUGGGGCUAUUAGCUUUGGAUUUUUUCUUGGCUGUGGUAUGAUAGUAAUUUCUCAAAUAUACUCUAAACAAGCUCAAAAAGAUUCUUACAAAAACUUCAAUAUAUAUGAUUAUUUUCGCAGUUCCCACUACUAA